AUGAAAGAAGGAAAGGAAAGAAGAAAAAAUGUUCUACUCCCUGAACCCGAUCGCAUCAAACUCUCGGGCUUCAGACAACAAUCAUUUGCUUAUUUCACUGUUUUGAUUUACGAUUCCUAUAAGAAUGAAAAUAAAGAAAAGAGAAAUACAAACUUAGCUCAUCAGUUCAUCAUCAUGAUUUCAAGCGUUCUUGAAGCACUCUUUGAAGUGCAUUCGCGAUGUGAUGAUUGA